GCCGCGCCUGCGUAGUGUAGCCGGGCGGCAGCCGGGGUCACCCUGAGCUGCCGACUGCGCCGCGAUGCUGAGCAGGUUCCUGGGCCCCCGUUACCGUGAGCUGGCCAAAAACUGGAUGCCCACAGCAGGCAUGUGGGGCGCUGUGGGCACUGUGGGGCUGGUGUGGGCCACGGACUGGCGGCUGAUUCUGGACUGGGUGCCCUACAUCAACAGCAAGUUUAAGAAGGACGAUUAAACUGACCCUCCUCAGACCCCUCUGGUGUCUGCUGAUGCUGUCUCCCGUGGGAGCCCCUGCAGUGCCCUGACCAGCCCACACCCUCAGGAUGGGCCUCAAGGAAAGUGACAGCAUGACUGACUGUUUCUGAGAAUAGCUUUCAUGUUUGAAUGCACGCAGCAUUAAACCUUGCUCUGAAACCUGC